AUGGCGCGCGGUGCAACCGCAGCGGAUAAUGGCGGAAGUGGGAGAUCGGCCGCUGCUGGCCGCCGCGCGGCGGCGCUGGUGAUGGCGGUGAACGGACGGCGCGUGGCGGUGUGCGAUGUGGAUCCGCGCAUGUCGCUCAGCGAGUUCCUCCGCUCCAGGACAACGUUCACCGGCACCAAGCUGGGCUGCGGGGAAGGUGGCUGCGGAGCAUGUGCGGUGAUGGUGGCGCGCUACGACCCUCUCACCCACACCAUCCACGACCGCUCGCUCAAUGCCUGCCUGCUGCCACCCAUCCUUUUUCCUGCUUCCACCUACCCAUCCCCGCCCCUAUCAUCAGGGGGGUGCGGGGCAUGUGCAGUGAUGGUGGCGCGCUACAACCCGCUCACCCACACCACCGACGAGUGCUCUCUCAAUGCCUGCCUGCUGCCGCUCGCCUCGCUGCACCUCGCCGCCAUCACCACUGCCGAGGGCCUCUGCCUCUCUCCGACGCCAACGCAUGCGGAGGAGGUCCCCCCGGGAAGCGGCGACGGUGUGGGCACAUCCCAGGGUUCAUCACAGCGCGCGGCCAUGGGUGGGCCAAGUGACGGCACAUCUCUCCACGUGGCUUCACAGCAGCCGCAGCAGCGGGACCCGCACAGCUGUUACCAGCACGGGCGGGCAGUGGUGCCCCACGCGGUGCAGCAGCGGCUGGCGGGGUUCCACGCAUCGCAGUGUGGCUUCUGCACGCCCGGUGUCGCCAUCGCGCUCUAUGCCGCCCUCCGCCGCCACCGCUCCCCUGCUGCUGCUGAGGUUGAUCGAAAAGGGGGGUUUAUUGAGGCUGUAUCUGCUGCUCCUGUGGCAGCGGGUGGUGGAGUGGAGGUGGUGGAGGGGCUGUCAGAGGAGGAGGCGGAGCAGGCGAUGGCGGGCAACCUGUGUCGCUGCACGGGGUACCGCCCCAUCCUUGACGCCUGCAAGAGCUUUGCUGGUCCCGCUAGCAGCGCAGGUGCAGAUACAGUGGGUGGAGCAGCGGGGCUGAUGGAUCUGGAGGAGCUGGGGUCGUGCGCUGCUGGGCAUGCUGCGGCAGGGGCGCGGGCGUGCAGGGUGGUGGGGCUCAGCGAGUUCGCCGCUGCUGCAUCAGCUGAGGCGCCAGCACAGGGACGUGCAGUGGCGCAGCGGGGCACCAAGUGCAGCGCUGAGGGCAGCGGGGUGUGCAGUGCGCGUGGCAAGCCCCUGCCCCUCUACAACCCCCUCUGCGACCCGCCCUUCCCCGCAUGGCUCAAGCUGGAAUCAAAGCAGCAGGCCAGCCGGUGGCAGGAGCGCGCAGGGAGGGGGGUGAACGGCGAGGGAGGGGAGAUGCUGGUGUGGGAGCACUGGGAGGAAGCAGGGGUGGGGGGAGAAGGUGGGUUGUGGGGAGAGUGGGGGUUGGAGGGAGAAGUGGACGUGGCAGGUGACGGUAGUGAUGGUGACGGGGGCAGCAGUGCAGGAGCUAGUGCGGAGGAGGCAGGGGGGCAGCCGGGGAAGGGGUGGAGGAGAGGGAGCAGGAAGGUGAUGUGGGUGGCGCCCAGGAGUCUAGAGGAGCUGAGAAUGGUGCUGCUGAAGUCAAGGCACGGAGGGAGCAGUGAUGAGGGGAUGGGAACAGGCGAGGAGGGAGGAGCAGGCGGGAGCAGCAGCAAGGAGGAGCAAAGAGCAGGAGGAUCAGGCGCUAUCCCUCGGGGCGAGUGUGAGAGUGAGUGGGGCGAGGUGCAGCUGGUGGCGGGCAGCACGGCAGCAGGUGUGUAUCCUGACCUGGCACGCUGUGACUCCAUGGCGCAUGUCACUCUCGUGGACGUCAAGGGACUGCCGGAGUUGCAGCACGUGGCGUGGGAGGAGGGGCCUGCUGGGGAGGACGGAGAGGGGGGUGAGAGGGGAGGGGGUGGAGAGGGUGGAGAGGGUGAAGCAGCAGGGAAGGAGCGUGUUAUGGGGAUUAGGUUCGGUGCGGCUGUGACUCUAUCGGAUGUGAUUGCAGUGCUGGAGGCCGUGGCGAGGAAGGUUGGCGCUGGUGGCUCGGCUGCUGCAGACUACAGAGGCCCUGUCAUGCACGGCUGGGAUGACGCCAACGGGACAGCAUCACCACCAGCAGUGGCGGCGGCGGCGGCAGUUUUCUCGCGAGUAGCAGCCCAUGUGAGGAGGGUGGCGGGGCCGCAUGUGCGCAACGCUGCCAGCAUCGGCGGCAACCUUGUGCUGGCUGCGUCUCGCCGUGCCUUCCCCUCCGAUGUUGCCACUCUGCUGCUGGCGCUCCAUGCUUCUGUGUGCACCGCCACUCCCUCUCCCGGUCCCCCCGCCUCUGCAUCUCUCACAGGCAGCACAGCACGCAGCGAUGGGUGGGUGUGGGAGGAUCUCCCACUUGAGGCGUUUCUUCACCGCUCCAGACUCCCUCCCACCAUUCUCCUGCACUCUGUCUUCCUGCCCUGCCCCACGCCCUCUCCCCCCCCUCCCACCUCGCCCUCCUCUACCACUCCUCAGCUCGUGUUUGACUCCUUCCGUGCCUCUGCCCGCCCCUCUGGCAACGCCUAUGCCUAUUCCGCCCGCCUGGUCUUUGGCGCCUUCAACGGUCCGCACGCCAUCAGAGCCCGCCGCGCCGAGGCCUGUCUGCUGGCAUCCAAUGGUGUGCUGACACCUGGCAGCGUGCUGGCGGCGGUGAGGGCAGUACGGGAGGAGGUGGUGCCCGGUGAGGGCACGCGGUGGGCGCAGUACCGCGUGGAGGCGGCCGUGGGGUUCCUCUUCUCCUUCCUCUCGCGCCUCCUGCCCCACACCACCACCCUGCCACGGACCGACCUGCCCCACACCACCACCCUGCCACGGACCGACCUGCCCCACACCACCACCCUGCCACGGACCGACCUGCCCCACACCACCACCCUGCCACGGACCGACCUGCCCCACGCCACCUUGCCUCAGGCGGACCUGCCAGGGAAGAGCACAGGGAAUGGGGAUGGCGCAGUGGGUGCCAGCAACACGCGCUGCCCUGAGGAGGCUCACGGCGCUGCUGCAGGGGCUGAGAGCAGUGAUGGGGCGCGUGGCAGCAGCGGGCAGCAGCACGAGGUGAUGAGGGGCCGGCAGGUGAUGAGGGGCCGGCAGGUGUUGUGCGGCCGGCAGGUGUUGAGGGGCCGGCAGGUGUUGAGGGGCCGGCAGGUGUUGUGCGUCACCACGGACGUCGCUCCUCUCGCCCUGCCGCUGCCCAAGCUGGGUGCCGACCUGCAGGCCACAGCGCCAUCCGCACCUGUCUGCUCCCGCCCAUUCGCAUCCCUUCCUCGCCCCAGCCUCACGCCACACUCAACGCACACACUCUGUCACCCCCCUCUCUCCCAUUCGCCCUCUCCCCUUUCUCUCUGCCUCCUCUCCCUCCUUUCCCUCCCCUCCCCAUCAGGCCACGCCAGGUACGUGGACGACAUGCCAGCGCCAGCCGCGUGUCUCUACGCCGCCUUUGCAGUGGCCACGCACCCCUGUGCUCGCAUCACCGCGCGCUGCUACAGCGCUGCACUCGCCUCCCCGGGAGUGGUGGCGGUGCUGGACGCCUCGCACCUGCCGCCCGGGGGGGCCAACGUGGCCUCGCUGCUUGUGGGGGCGGCGGACACGCUGUUUGCUCACGACAGCACGGAGUUUCAUGGCCAACCUGUGGCCCUCGUGGUGGCAGACUCAUACCGCCACGCACAGGAGGGCGCACGCAAGGUGCACUGCUCCUACCACCCCUUUCCUCUGCCUGCCGCAUCGCAGCCAGCAGCAGCAGCAGGAGCAGCAUCAGCAGCAGAAGAAGCAUCAGCAAGAGCAAGAGCAGCAGGAUCAGCAGAAGAAGGUGUAUCAACAGAUGCAUCCAGUGCAGGCCGGGGCAGGCGGGGUCCCCUUGUGACGAUUGAGCAGGCGGAGGCAGAGGGGGCCUUCCUCCCUCUCCACCCCGCCUUCCUCAACUGCCUGCCUCGUCGAGGAAAUUUCCAGGAAGCUUUUGACAAGAGCCCAUUGAAGAUCAGCGGAGAGGUGAGGAUGGCACGCCUCAUGCGGAAGCAAGCAACCAUGCUGAGAGAGAGGCGGGUGAUGGUGCGGUCGGGCUCACAGCAGCAUUUCUACUUGGAGCCGCAGGCAGCGCUGGCAAUACCAGACGAGGGGGGCAGCAUGACGGUGCACAGCGCCACGCAGAGCCCCGAGCACACGCAGCAGGCCGUGGCCCUCGCCCUGGGCCUGCCCCUCUCCUGCGUGCGCGUUGUCACCCGCCGGCUGGGUGGCGCGUUCGGUGGCAAGACGGUUCAGGCCAGCCGUGUUAGUGUGAUGGGGAGCGGGGUGGGGCUGGGACGGGGAUGGGGAGCGGGGUGGGGCUGGGACGGGGAUGGGGAGCGGGUGGGGAUGGAAAAGGGAUGGGGAUGGGGAGGGGACGGGUGUGGGGGUGGGCUUGUGAUGCACACACACAGACAAACAUGCGACUCGCCCCACUCUCCGUGCCCACUGUUCCCACGUUCUUUCCUCUUCCUACUCCACUUUGCUAACCACUCACCCCCUUCCCCUACCAAUCCUCCCCCACCAACUCCCCCCCCCCGCCCCCUCCCCCUUCCUUACCACCAGGUGGCAGUGGCGUGUGCGCUGGCAGCGCAGCGACUGCAGCGCCCUGUGCGCAUGGCCUUGGACCGCAAGGCCGACACGGCGCUCACAGGCGGGCGGCACGAGGGGCGCGCACGGUACGACGUGGGGUGUGACGGCACGGGGCGCGUGCACGCACUGCGCGUGCGGGCGGUGCUGAACGGCGGCAGCAGCGCCAGCACGAGCUGCUGGCUGGCCGCUAACUACGGGCCGGCUCUGGUGCAGUACGCGUGGGGGGCACUGGAGAUCAACUUCAAAGUGGUCAGGUGCGGUGGUGGGGGAGGGAGUGUGGUGGAGAUGGGAGGAUGGUGGGUUGUGUGGAAGAGGGGAAGGGAGGGGUGGCGAUGGGAGGGAUUGGGAGGAGAUGGGUGGGAGGCUGAGGUUUGUUGGACGGACCUACCGACGCGCAGCCCAGUGAGGGCGCCAGGCGAGGUGCAGGCGGUGGUGGUGGCGGAGAGCGUGAUGGACCACGUGGCUGCUGCCCUGGGGCUGCCCCCCCUGCUCGUGCGUGAGCGCAACCUUAUCACCACCCACGCCCUCCGUGACUUCUUCCCUUCUGCCUUCCCCCCUCCUCCUCCUCCGCCUGCUCCUGCUCCUGCAAAUCCUGCUGCUCCUGCUGCUGCCAAUUCUCCUGCUCCUGCUGCUGCUGCCACACCCGCUGCAGCAGAGGGGGAGGAUAAAGAGGAGGGGGAGGAGGAUGAGGGAGCGAUAGCACAGCGGGUGUGGAGGGAGGCGAAGGCCCUUGCGGGCUACACCGAGCGCGCAGCAGCGGUAGAGGCAUUCAACGCGGCACACGUGUGGCGCAAGCGGGGCGUGGCCAUGGCGCCGGCACUCUACCACGUGGCGCUGCUCGCCAAGCCCGCACGCGUGACGGUGUUUGGCGACGGGUAG